UCUCUCGUAAAAAACAAACUCACACACACACAAAAUGGGUGGUUGCGCAUCUAAGGAUAAGAAAGACAAAGUGGUUGAUGGCGAUGCUGUUGCCACCGAUAAUAACGCUACCGAAAAUAACACCGCUGACGGUGACAAAGCAACCACUGUCACUGCGGCUGGUGAAACGGCUACAACUGAGGCAAAUGGGGAUGCCACCGCAAAUCCAGAAGGCAAAGAAGACACCAUGGUUGAUGCUGCUGUUCUUACCAAAUUGGAAGAAGGCUUCGCCAAGCUCCAAGCCUCCAACUCCAAGUCUUUGUUGAAGAAGUACUUGACCAAGGAAGUCUUCGACAAUCUAAAGAACAAGAAGACCCCAACUUUCGGUUCCACCUUGUUGGAUUGCAUCCAAUCCGGUUUGGAAAAUCACGAUUCCGGUGUCGGUAUCUAUGCUCCCGAUGCUGAAGCCUACACAGUAUUCGCUGAUUUGUUCGAUCCCAUCAUUGAAGACUACCAUGGUGGUUUCAAGAAGACCGACAAGCACCCUGCCAGCGACUUCGGUGAUGUCAACAGCUUUGCCAACUUGGACCCCAACAAUGAAUACGUCAUCUCCACCCGUGUCCGUUGCGGUCGCUCCAUGCAAGGUUAUCCCUUCAACCCCUGCUUGACCGAAGCCCAAUACAAGGAAAUGGAAGAGAAGGUCUCCACCACCUUGUCUGGUUUGGAAGGUGAAUUGAAGGGUAAAUUCUACCCAUUGACCGGCAUGGACAAGGCCGUUCAACAACAAUUGAUCGAUGAUCACUUCUUGUUCAAGGAAGGUGAUCGCUUCUUGCAAGCCGCCAAUGCCUGCCGCUUCUGGCCCUCUGGCCGUGGUAUCUACCACAAUGACAACAAGACCUUCUUGGUCUGGUGCAACGAAGAAGAUCACUUGCGUAUCAUCUCCAUGCAAAAGGGUGGUGAUUUGGGUGAAGUUUACAAACGCUUGGUCACCGCUGUCAAUGAAAUUGAAAAGCGCAUUCCCUUCAGCCACGACGACCGUUUGGGCUUCUUGACCUUCUGCCCCACCAACUUGGGCACCACCAUCCGUGCCUCCGUGCACAUUAAGGUACCCAAAUUGGGCGCCAACUUGGCCAAAUUGGAAGAAAUCGCCGGCAAAUACAACUUGCAAGUCCGCGGUACCCGUGGUGAACACACCGAAGCCGAAGGUGGCAUCUACGAUAUCUCCAACAAGCGCCGCAUGGGUCUCACCGAAUACCAAGCCGUCAAGGAAAUGUACGAUGGUAUUGCCGAACUCAUCAAGAUCGAAAAGAGCAUGUAAGGUGUUACACCGCAACCCCCACAACUGUAGAGCUUACGGCUAAGCCUAAAAUCUCUGUAGCCGCUAGAUAACAACGUUCUAGGUGGCAAUAAUCUCAACAACAACAACAAAAC